AUGACGCGGUUCGGGAUCGCGGCGCGCUUCAACGCCACGUCAUCGGCCGUCUCGGAGGCCGCCGAGUGGCUCCACGCCAACCUCAGGGACCCUGAUGUGAAGGUACUUGAUGCCUCUUGGUAUAUGCCUGCAGAACAAAGGAAUCCACUUCAGGAGUACCAGGUGGCUCAUAUCCCUGGUGCUUUAUUCUUUGAUGUUGAUGGAAUAUCUGACAGAGCAUCUAAUCUGCCACACAUGCUGCCAUCUGAAAAAGCAUUUUCCGCCGCUGUGUCUUCUCUUGGCAUCUACAACAAAGAUGGAAUAGUAGUUUACGAUGGAAAGGGUCUAUUUAGCGCUGCUCGUGUUUGGUGGAUGUUUCGUGCUUAUGGACACGACAAAGUUUGGGUUUUGGAUGGAGGUUUGCCCCAAUGGCGUGCUUCUGGGUAUGAUGUUGAAUCAAGUGCCUCUAGUGAUGCUAUCUUAAAAGCCAGUGCUGCUAGUGAAGCAAUCGAGAAAGUUUAUCAGGGGCAAUCGGUUGGUCCCACCACAUUUGAAGCGAAGUUGCAGCCUCAUCUUCUUUGGAAUCUUGGUCAGGUGAAAGAGAACAUCGAGACCCAGACACAUCAACUUAUAGAUGCUCGAGGGAAGCCUAGAUUUGAUGGUGCAGUUCCAGAGCCACGCAAGGGAAUAAGAAGCGGGCAUGUGCCUGGGAGCAAAUGCGUUCCUUUUCCUCAGGUGCUUGACAGUACACAGAAGCUAUUGCCUGCAGAUGAGCUCCGUAAGCGAUUCGAGCAAGAAGGUAUAUCACUUGAUCAACCCAUUGUGACCUCUUGCGGCACUGGUGUGACAGCAUGUGUAUUAGCUUUGGGCCUUCACCGCCUCGGCAAAACUGAUGUUGCCGUGUACGAUGGAUCAUGGACUGAAUGGGGUGCUCACCCCGACACUCCAGUUGCUACUGCUGUUUAG